UUGGUGUCCAUUGCCAGAACACAAAACACAAGGCUUACAAUUCUAAUCCUAUUCUUCAGUUCUGCAAUGGCUUUGGCACACACUACCACCAUUGAAGACCUUCACCCGGACUUGGUGGUGCACGCGCUCCGGCUGCUGGACGGGCCAGCGCUAGCUGCCGCAAGCUGUGCCACCACACACCUUCACUCCGUCGCUAGCCACCCAGAUGUUUGGCAUGACCUCUGCCUCUCAACUUGGCCGUCUCUCCGGCACCAUCCUGAGCUUUUGCAUGCCAUCAUCCCCUCUUUCGCUGGCUCUCAUCGUUCUUUCUUCUCCGAGGCCUAUCCCUUUCCUUACCUCGCUGGGCAACAUGGCGACCCUGGAAACACCAUCAAACUCCCAAAAGAGCUCCUUUCUGCUGUGGACAUAUACUAUAAGGGUGUCCCAAUUCUAUCCCGUGUUAUUGAGACAGAGACAGAGAGCCAAUGGUUCAACGGUUCUCCAUUCCGUAUUGAUGUUCUUGAACGGAAAGAUCCUGAUCAAACAAUUAUGGAAACUCCGGCAGUGGUAUCGCCUGGGGAGCUGACACUGAGCUGGAUAGUUAUAGACCCAGAAGGACGGAAGGCGGUGAACUUGUCAAGCAGGCGGCCGGUUACAGUUGACAAGCAUUGGUACAGUGGGGAGACAGUGGUGAAGUAUGCGAUGGCAACUCGAGACAGGUCAGUCGCAGCAAUGAUCACAGUGACGGUGGCCGGUGAGGAAGAAGGAGCACAUGUUAGGGAGGUGAGCUUGAUGUUAGAGGAUGAGGAUGGGAUUUGUUUGAACGGGAAGGAGAGCUUGGUAAUCAUAAAGGGAGCCAUGGAAGGAGAGAAGUUUGGUAGGGGGAGAGGAGAGGAGGAAGAACAGGCAAAGAAAGGUUAUGAAGAACACAUGGAAAGGAGAAAGGAGAGGAAGGAGAGAAGGGCAAGGAAUGAGACAAGAAUUGAUACCUGUUGCAUAGCCAUUGGAGUCUCCAUCUUCAUGGCUUUCAUAGUUCUGGUGGUUUUCCGGUAGGGAUGAUCACAGAGGAGAUUCCAGAUAG